GUGGAUACACACAAAGCGAUUCUUUGUUUACGGAUAUGACGUCAAAUAAUGCAUGUCGGGAAGGGUUUGUUUAAAAUACAAUGGCGGCCUCAUGGAAAGGUUCGCCUCUGUUAUUAAAUUUUGAAAGACGGCACAGCUAUGCUAAACCAGGAGGUCAAUUUAAAGCAACUCAGAUGUGGAAUGAGCUGAUUGAAAUCUUGAGACACCGAGUUGAUGUCAAACGUCGUAGAUACCUGAUGAAGUACUACGAUGACUGUUUCACUGGGUCAGAUGCUGUGGAUGUGAUGCUCAGACAUCUUUUAGAUGAAGGGCAGGCAUGUGGGAAGGAAAUCAGCAGGGAGAAUGCUAUUAAACUGUGCCAAACUUUUAUGGAUAACAACAUAUUUGAACCAGUAUGCAGCAAAGCCAGUUCAAGUGAAGAAAAGAAGCCCACGUUUGAAGACAGCAGUAACAAGUUUUACAAGUUUAUAGAGCCGCCUGAUUCUGAAUAUGGCUUCAGUGAUGAAAACAUUGAUGAAGUAGAUACAGAUAUGAUGGACAAUCAUGAAGUGAAGGAAACACUUCCAAGAAAAGAUACAAAAAUGAGAAUUCAUAAAGAAGUGGAGCCUGAUCUGAUAGAUGGAGAGGGAGUGUACAGUAAUCCAGUGGUGGUGAAUCGCCAGGGACAAGUCUUACAGGAGAUCAUCAAUAUCAAAGACUCGAUACGAAAGAGAAGCUCAGACAUAUCAGACUCUAUGAAAAGGAAAAGCAGGGAUUUUGUCAAAAAGAACUUUACUCCGGAUGUAUUUAGGAGUCCACCUAAAAUUGCCUGGCAGGGCAAUCAAGGGACACCUCUUUCAGACUGCUUAAAGAAGAGACGUAUACCUGCAGAAGUGAAAGAAGAGCUAUUCAGAGAGGCAGCUUUGGCAAAACUUCUAACGAUUAUUGACUUGCCAAUGCUAGAUGGUAUCUUGAUGGAUGCCAGCCGAGAGAAGAAAGCAACAAGGCAUAAUACUGUUAUAUUCAACACAGGUCAUGCUAGUCCCUGUUAUAUUGGAUCAGAAAGGCCCAGUGAUCCUUGGAUAAAGGGAGCCCUGAGCCUGCUGGACCAUAUCCCAGCAGGCAUCUCCGUCCUCACCAGCCUGGCCAACGAGCUUAUGUCGGCGGAGGAGCAGAAGUGGAGGCUGUUUCAGACCCUAGCAGGCCACUACAGUGCAAUGCCCCAACCCUUGCUGUCAGACAAGUGCCUGGAUCUAUAUGUUGGGAUCAUCAAACUGAUCAGCGAAGGAAAGCGGUCUGGCUUGGAAGCUCUUCAACUUAGCAUGUUACUGUUGCCCACGGACAUAAGAGCCGAGUUAAAGAAGCUCCUCAAGUUCAUGCAAGUGGCAGCUUCUGAUGGUGAAAUGAAGCUUGAUCCAAAGCUUAGUAACAGAGAGGCAGUGAAUAACAUAUUCACUGGGGCUGUCUUCAAAUGUAAGCUGCUUGCUCCACAGCCUACAAGUCUUCUGGUCAUGUUCAUGAUGGACAACUGUGAUGCUGUUUUUACUACUCCUAAAGACAUUAAGUUCAUGGUUAUGCAAAGCUUACAACAGAUGAAGGGCUCUGAAAUGGACCCAGUUGUUGCUGAAACCUUCACAUAUUGCGACAGGGUUACGCAGGAGGAAUACAAGAAACAGAUGGAGGAUUACACGGAGCAGUGUCUGCGCAAGAUUAUGGACGGCAUUCUCGAUGAUACAAGCAUUUCCCUAAAAGAAAAGAAAAGUCGAGUGAAGCAGUUUCAAAGACACCACCCGUACAUUUUCAACAAAUUCUUUUCAGAUUUAAAAGAAUGACUUGCAGAUCUUCGACAACCAAAUGAUUCUUCAAGAAAACAUGAGAUUCAAGUUUUAAAAACUUGACAUUUACUUUGUGUUGUGUUAUGUGUUAAUGUUUGAGAAGUAUCUGGUAUUUUGUGUUGUUCUAAGCCUUACCUAAAGUGAUAGCAUUACAGCAACGUGAUAUUUGUUUUAAUUUAUUCAUUUCAUUCUGUCUCCUUGAUCUCAUUUGUUAAGAAAUUAUUUUUAUUUAUAAGCCCUGUAAUAUCUUACAAAUUCAGUAAUAAUUUACAAAAAUACAUACAAAUAUGUUUUAUUGCAUUUACAGUGAAUAUUGUUAUUAAGCACUUCAAAAACUGAUGGGGCACUCGGUGGCCAGCUGGGUCUCUGACUCCCAUCAAAGUCUGUCAAAACAAAAACUAUAGUUGAGUGCCAUUACAUGUAGUACUGGUUAAAUGCCCAUAGGAAUACUCAGAGCGGAGGUACCUCCGUUGCAUAAGAGAUCUGGGCCUCUCCAAAUUGCUCUCCAUUGACCCAUUAUCUGUAAAUAAUACUUCUUGGGCGAAUGCCACCGCCAAACAUAGUACAUUAUGCAUUGGUGGGAGAAACUUCAUUAGUGCACACUGUAUUGGUGCCGUUGUUACUUAAAAACAUUGAUUUCAAUCUUUCUUGCAGCAUUUUGUUUGCCACAUACCCGGUUUUGUAUCUCUUUGGCGCCUUGGGCCAAACUUACUGGAUAAACCCUUUAUUUAUCGCUAUUUGAUUUUCUUCUGCGCUUGUUAUCAUUUGCACUCUACAGUUCAAUGAUAAUUGUAUUAAAUAUCUAGUCGUGUAAUUGUGUAUAAAUGUCCAUUUUGAUGUAUAUAAAUUUAGAUGCAAUAUGUGUUAAUGUGACUAUGAAUUCUUACCAUUCUGAUACUUUGAUAUAUUUUAAUUUCAAAUUUGGAUAUAAUCCGUUAAAUCUCAUGUAUGUUUGGAUUUUUCAUGUUAAUAAAAUAUCUCUGAUGGUGUCA